UAAGAGGAGCGGGAGGGGGCGCCGAGCAUCUCGGCUGCAGUGUUUUUGUGUCUGUCAGUGAGCGCUCCUGGGCCGAGGCGGCUGAAAGGAUUUCCAAAGGGCAGGUGCUGACUGUAAGAGUGCAAGAAAAGGAAGGGAGAGCGAGGAGCCUGGGGAGGAGAGAUCCCGUCCUUGCAGCGCAAGCAGCUGGUGAGAGUUGGUGGGUGACUGUUUGGAUACCAGCCACAGGCUCAUUAUGGCUCAGGUGCUGCAUAUGGACCCCGGCUUCCCAGGGAAACUCAACCCGCCUGCUCCCCCUUCCCUGCACGGCAAAGAACAGGAGGCGCCCUACUCAGUGGAGACCCCCUAUGGCUACCGUCUGGACCUAGACUUCCUCAAAUAUGUUAACGACAUAGAGAAGGGAAACACUAUUAAGAAGGUGCCUAUACAACGCCGGCCACGCUAUGGCUCCCUGCCCCGUGGCUACGGCUACGCCGGCUCCUGGUGGACGUCCACGGAGUCUCUGUGCUCCAACACCAGCAUGGACAGUCGGCACUCCUCCUUCUCCUACUGCGCUCCAGGAUACCACACGUCGCAGAGACCCAGCUUCAGCACUGCGCGGGUGGAGAAGACCCUGUUGGAUGCACGCAGGAAGCUGGAAGAGGAGAAAGAGGGGCGUAGAUUCUCCAACCUGGGCAGCAUGCACAGCAGUGUGGCAGGCUCUAACACCUCCAUCAGCAGUGCACACAGCUACAACAGGGCCCAUGGUGGAGGCGGAUCCUUUACGCCCAUGAGUUCUGGCCUGUCCACCCCAGUGACCCCAACGCCAGCCCACCUGCAGCAUGUCAGGGAGCAGAUGGCAGCAGCCCUCAGGAAGAUUAAGGAGCUGGAGGAGCAGGUGAAGACCAUCCCUGUGCUCCAGGUUAAAAUCUCUGUGCUGCAGGAGGAGAAACGGCAGCUCAGCGUCCAGCUGAAGAGCCAAAAGUUCCUGGGCCACAGUCUGGGUUUCAACCGCGGUCGUCCGCGAGGCGAGCUCUACAUCGACAUCCCUGAAGAAGAACAGAGCACUGGAGCCAAGAGCAGCAACAAGUCAGCAGAGCCACUGUCUCCCACCACACCUGAGGGCUCCAAACAAGACUCAGGGUGUGAGAUUGAGGACACAGUGAUUGUGGGUGGAGCUCGACCGGAUGCAAAGCGGGAGCUGCGCACCAUCGGAGUGGGGCCAGAGGACUCAAGGGGCAGUCGUCAGGUGGGAGUUGGGGUUCGCGAGGAGGAUCUGGGGCUGCUGCCAGAGACAGAGGCUCUUAAGAACCAAGUGGGUCAGCUUGAGGGCAAACUAAAGAGGACGAUGCAGGAGCUGCAGGCUGCACAGCAUCAGGCAGAAGCAGUCCAGAAAACUCCUCAGGCAGAGCAUCCAGUCAUAGCAACCAGCAUGGGCUGGCAGGAGCCACAAGGCUGCAGCCUGCACACUCUGGUCAGCUUCACACAGCAGCCCCAACAGAGGGAACAGAGGACUGUGGGAAUCCAGGUGUACACAUCGGAGCAGCCUACUGUUGUUGAGGUGGGCACACUGCUCCGAGCAGAGAUCUGCAGCUCCCCCUCGCUUCAACCAGCUGGAGGGGUUUUGGAGGGCCACCACAGAGGACAAACUGAAGAUACUCCGGUUGAGCUGCCGAUUGCAGUCAGCUCCAAGCAGGUACGCGACGUCCUAAGGAGCGAGUUGUCCACCUCGGUACCUGUUGCUAAUCCUGCCGUCGCUGUAGGCACGUCUGAUAAUCACAUUGGUUUGAUCCAUUCACAAGAAGGAGAGACACUCCUGCAUACAAACACAGAGACCAUCCAGUCACAGGAAGGCCCUAAGACAGCCUCAUCUCCUCAGUCUCUGAGGUCCAUUAUGAAGCGGAAAGCAGAAGGUGAACCAGGCUCCCCCUCCACUAAGAAAAACCUACAGUUCAUUGGAGUCAAUGGAGGUUAUGAAUCCACAUCAUCAGACGACAGCAGCAGUGAGAGUUCAGACGAGGGCAGUGACUCCAGUGAAUACCAUGAAGCCAGAGAAAAACUACCAGAAUCUACAAUUCAGCACCAGCAAGCAACCCACGCCAAGGUUUCUCAGCCCCAAGAAAGCAACAGCGUACCUCAGCAGGCCACUGCCAAACUACCAGCCGUCAUUCCAGAAACACAGCAGAGUCCCCGCCAGUCUGCAGCUGUAGACACAAGACUGCCAGACAAAGUCCCCCGGUCACCAGCAACUGAUACAGCUGUGCAGAAAUGUGCCUCACAGCCACCAGCCUCAGACCCCACCCUGAUUCCUCCACGUCCAGCUAACGAUUCUGCCUCUAGAGAGACUGUCAGCCAAUCAUCAGAAAAGCACACAGUCACACGGGAGAUCACCUCCGCAUCAUCAAGCUCUGAAUCCUCUAAUCCCUCUGAGCAAAGCUCUCUAAAGUCCCCGGUUACCUGUUCUCCAUCACCGUGUGUCACUAAAACCACUGAGAUUGCCAAGCAGCAAUACACCGUCCAGUCACAAGCAACCAUCCUCUCCAGCCAAUUGGAGUCAAAGCCAGCAGCUGAAAGCAACACAAACGACACUGCCACAGCAUCAGCCAAACAAGUCAGACUGGAGCUGAGCGACGCUCUGAUGUCAGCUCUUUGGGCCCUGCAGAAAGCCCUGGGGGAACCCAACGCUUUUAGCCAACAAGGAGCAAGGGCGGCCUACACCACUGUGCUGCAGGAGUGGCUGCGUGUGUCCUGUCACAAAGCUGCGGACACAGCUGUUGUCAAGGCCUACAUGGACACCUUCGCCUCGGUCUCCCCUCAGCUGCUGGAGUUUGUGAUCAACAUGGCAGACGGCAACGGGAAUACAGCGCUUCACUACACCGUCUCCCACUCCAACUUCCCCGUGGUGAAACUGUUGCUGGACACUGGCCUGUGUAACGCUGACAAGCAGAACAAGGCGGGAUACACAGCCAUCAUGCUGACAGCUCUGGCUGCCUUCCACUCUGACAGUGACCUUCAGACAGUACUGCAGCUGCUGCGCACCGGGGACGUCAACGCCAAGGCCAGCCAGGCCGGUCAGACGGCACUGAUGCUAGCAGUGAGCCACGGUCGAGGGGACAUGGUGCGGGCGCUGCUGUCCUGUGGGGCUCAGGUCAACAUCCGGGAUGAUGACGGCUCCACAGCGCUCAUGUGUGCCUGCGAACACGGUCAUGUGGAUAUUGUGCGUCAGCUACUGUCUGUGCCGGGGUGUGAUGCCACUCUCACCGAUAAUGAUGGCAGCACUGCGCUGUCCAUUGCUCUGGAGGCCAGCCAGAACGACAUUGCUGUGCUUCUGUACGCUCACCUCAACUUUGCGAAGCCUCCUUCCCCUGUUUCACCUAAGUCUCCUCUCUUGGGUUCCUCUCCUCCUUCCGGUGAAACAAAAUAAACCGCACUCCCUCUGUAGCAGCAGCUCUACAACCAAUCCACCGCAACUGCUCACAUUACAGCGAUUUUUUUCUUUCAUUGUGUAAUUCAGAAAAACAUUGAGUUUGUGUGUAUGUUUGUUUUCACCCUCCAUAAUUUAAGUACAUUAUAAUGUGCAGAUAAUUACAUGACAGCUUGCACCAUUGUUAUCUGUUGCUCUGUGUACAUAGUGAUCUCUUUUAAUCACUGUGGUGGUUAAAAACACGGAUUUCUUGUGUGGUACAAUCUGAAAAUCCAAACAUCUAGAGCGGCUGUAUGAACAUUAGUUCAGUCUUGUGACAAUCCAGUUGUCAACACUGUUUUUAGUGGCACUUACCAGUCAAAACUGUUCACCAUGAUUUCAUUAUGCAGUUCAUUAUUACACACUUGUUUUUAUUUCAUACGGAUCUCAUCUUAGUUGCUUUAUAGAGCAAUUUUUUGUCAUUGUAAUAUGUACAAUAGCUGUUACACAGUAGCAUCAUUAAGUGUGCCACCAUCACAGUCAUUUGGAAUAACAAAAGCCACCCCUCUUAUAGAUAAGUGUCCUUGCAUCAACAAGCUCAUUGGUGCUACAAAAGUAUAAUACAGAAAACACCACUUCAACAGUCUAUCAAUAUUUAUAUGCAAGAUUUAUUCACACUAGAGUAUUUUUGAUAUUGAUUUUUUUUAUUCCGACUGAAUUCAUGAUCUCCAAAGAUCAUGAUUUUUAUUUCCCGGGCAAUUGUUUAUUGAUGACACCUUUUUAACCAGAGGACAACAUUUUUUUUAUGUGUCCACCACAUUUCCCAAAUCAAACCCAAAGAUGUAUCUCUCCUGUGAGCUCUGUGACACUGUAUAUCGUAGUGAUAAUAUUAACACAGGCCUAGUGUGGCAGCGGAGAGAGGUCAGCGAUAGUCUCUGAAGGCUACGGCACUGUGGUCUUUGUAUUUUUAUAGGUGAUGGUAUUUUGGAUGGUGGUAUGGCAGGAUUAGAGUGUAUCUGUGUUUGUAAUAUUCUGUACUUUAACAAGACUUAGUUGAGAAACGACUGAAAGCACUGGCGAAGCCACCUCUGCUGUGGCCAUGCUGGUGAGAUUCGUCAGGGAACCAGAAAGUGACUGAUUGGGGUCUUAUAAGGACGUGCUGUGUAAGAUAUGAAUUUCAAAAUAAUAUAUGUCAAUAUAAACGUUUAUGCCUAAAAUCAAACUCCUUGAACAAAAGUGCAUAGGCUAUUGAUGUCAAAAUUUCUAUUACUUUUCAAAGUUUUUUCUCAAUUUUCAUAUUCACUUUUAAGCAAUUGAAUUUUUAUAAACUUUCAACUUUUUAAUUUAAGUAUCUAUCUUUUUAUACAUGUAGGAUUUUUAAGCUCACACCCACUUAAUGUAACCGCACAACUCUUUAGUUAAUGUUUUAUGAAGGUUUAUCUAAACUUUGAGCUUGUGUUUCUCCUCUUCUAAUUUGUGCGUUUUGGAAAAACAAUUAAUUAAUAAAUGUGGACCACACUGUU